CUUGUUUGCAUCCAUUCCUCCUCAUCCCGACUUGUCAUCGUCCAAGCUAUGCGCCUACCGUUCUGGGCACUCCAGAAUGGCGCGCGACGGUCGCUGGCGACGGCCGCGAGUACCUCUCGUGCCCCGCAAACCGUGAUCGAGAAGGUCGUCCAGCGGUAUGCUGUGGGACUUCCCCCAGGCAAGGCCGUGAAGGCAGGGGACUAUGUCAUGAUACAGCCUGAACAUGUUAUGACCCAUGAUAACACUGGUCCUGUCAUCUCCAAGUUCAAGGCUAUCGGCGCGACCAAGAUUCACAACCCGAGGCAGCCCGUCUUCACCAUCGAUCACGACGUACAGAACAAGUCGCCAAAGAAUCUCGCGAAGUAUGCCUCCAUGGAACAGUUUGCGCGGCAACACAAUAUCGACUUCUACCCCGCAGGCCGCGGGAUCGGGCACCAGGUCCUCGUUGAGGAAGGAUAUGCAUUCCCCUACACCCUCACUGUCGCUAGCGAUAGCCACAGCAACAUGUACGGAGGCGUGGGCGCGGUGGGAACUCCCAUUGUCCGCACGGACGCUGCCGCCCUCUGGGCGACUGGAAAGACUUGGUGGCAGAUCCCCCGCAUGGUCAAGGUCGAAUUCAUGGGCAGGCUCGCGCCUGGGGUCACGGGCAAGGAUGUCAUCGUUGCCCUCUGUGGCUGCUUCAACAAUGAUGAGGUGCUCAACGCGGCUAUCGAGUUCACGGGCGAGGGCGUGCGGUCACUAUCAUUGGACGAACGCCUGACUAUCGCGAACAUGACCACCGAAUGGGGCGCCCUCGUAGGCUAUUUCCCGGUCGACGAGGUCACCUUGGAAUGGUAUGAGAAGGCGCUGAAGAAGCUCGAGGGCAGGACGUUCGCCGCACCUGGCAUCAACCUCCCCCCGCCGCCCGAGCACCCCAGGAUCAACCGCCGCCGACUCGACGCCCUCAAGGCCUCGCUGAUGACCUCGGAUCCCGACGCCGAGUACGCAUCGCACCUCGUCUUUGACCUCGCCACCCUCGUCCCCCACGCAUCCGGCCCCAACAGCGUCAAGAUCUCGACCCCGCUUCCCGAGUUGGAGGAGCAGCGCAUCGCGAUCAACAAGGCCUACCUCGUGAGCUGCACGAACUCACGCUUGUCUGACAUCGCCGCCGCUGCCGAGGUCGUGCGCGGCCACAAAGUCGCGCCGGGCGUCGAGUUCUACAUCGCCGCUGCGAGCUCCGCUGUUCAAGCGGAGGCGGAGGCUACGGGCGAUUGGCAGACGCUCCAACGUGCGGGUGCGAAGACACUUCCCGCUGGCUGCGGACCCUGUAUUGGGCUUGGUACCGGUCUCCUGGAGGAAGGCGAAGUGGGCAUCAGCGCGACGAACCGAAACUACAAGGGUCGCAUGGGCCACCCGAAAGCGCUUGCAUAUCUUGCUAGCCCCGCCGUCGUCGCUGCGAGUGCUAUCAAUGGCUAUAUCUCCAGCCCAGCCACCCUCGACCGCUCCGCGCUGCCGCCCGUCGGCGCGCCCACUUUCUCCAUCGUCGACGUGCCGCGCAAGGAAGGUGCGGGGAGCUCCGCCUCCACGGAGGAGACCCUCGUCCCCGGCUUCCCUACCGCGUUCCGCGGUCCCCUGCUCUUCGCGCCGCAGGACAACCUGAACACGGACGGUAUCUACCCCGGCAAGUACACCUACCAGGACGACAUCACGCUCGAGCGCCAGGCGCAGGUCGUGAUGGAGAACUACGACCCCGCCUUCGCGCCCCUCGUCGCCGAGCUCGUCGCCGCCGAGCGCGCCGCGCCUGCGGAGGAGAGCGUGAAGCCGGGCGUCAUCCUCCUGGCCGGGUACAACUUCGGCACCGGCUCCUCGCGCGAGCAGGCGGCGACGGCGCUGAAGGCGGCCGGCGUGCCCGUCGUCGUCGCGGGCUCCUUUGGCGACAUCUUCAAGCGGAACGCGAUCAACAACGGGCUCGUCUGCAUCGAGUGCCCCGAGCUCGUCGCCGACAUGACGAAGGCGUAUGCGAAGGAUGGGCAGCGCGGUGCAGGUGGACUGGAGGGCGAGCUGACGGUCGACAACGGGUACAAGGUCAACCUCAACAUGAAGGAGGGCAAGCUCACCGUCUUCACGGAUGAGGCGCCGGAGGAGGGGAAGGAGUAUGCCAUCCGCACGGUGGGCCCGAGCGUGCAGGAGCUGUGGGUAUGUGGAGGAUUGGAGGGCUAUAUCCUCAAGGAGAUCCAACAGUCAUGAUACUCACCGCAAAAGUACUGACGAGUACGAUAUCAUUCACGGUAAUUUGUAGCACUAGUCAUAUAGGAAAUUUUUGCUUCGCUGUCUCAACUUGAGGAUGUUGAUCUGUGCGUG